AUGGAAGCAAGAACACCUGACCCAUGCUGGCCUGGUCCAAAGCUCAAGCUUCGCUUUUCGGCUCGACCGGCUCACUCUCCGGCAUCCGCAUCCGGCAUCCGGCAUUCGGAAUCUGCCGGUGGCAACUCCGUGUCCGGCCAUCCGGUGCGGCGGCAAUUGAGUGCAACCAUCCGGACGGUGGACCGAGCGGCCGAGUUGGCCGGGGUGGAGAAGGCCAAUGUGUGGUCGGCGGUCAGGCGCUGGCGCAGGGCUAAAGGGCCUGGAGCAGCUUGGUGGCUGAUUUGGGGCGCCGUUCACUGGCUGCUCGAGGGCGACGAGUGGGCACCUAUCUGCAGGUCAAGCCAAAGACACAACGAGCCGAACAACUGGAGCCGUGCGAUUGGCCCCUGUCUGCCAGACCAACAAAACCACCAAGAACCGACUGCCAGCGCGGCAAAGGAGAGGCAGGGCCAUGAUGACUCGAAGCUGUCUCGGGAAAGACCCGCUGCUGAGAGUCCCUUCUAA